CGCACCGCCAUGGGUCCGAAGCGGCCUAAAACCGAUGCGGUCGCCCCGGCAGUGACCGUGGGCAAGAACUGGGAGGCCGCGCUGGUGUCCGCCCACCUCGAGGAGGAUGAUUGGAAGCCUAGCAUUGCUUUUGUUGUUGGGAGCAGAACUGAGGAUGAAAUCCACACCAAGGCCCUGUCUCUUGCUGUGCGGGUGCCACAGCGGAAGCUCUUCAGCGUCGUAACACGUGAAGACAUUCUCACACAGAUCAGAGAUUCAGGGAAUCAGAAGGGAAAAAAGGUUACAGAUGUGCCUAUGUACUAUGAGGUGUUAGAAGUAGCCAAAGCCCUUCUGGAUAACGGUGAAGAAAUUCCAGUAACACUAACUGGAAAGCUGUUGAAAUUUCAACUGCUUUGUCUCAAAGAGAAGGACCUUCAGAGAAGAGAAGCUGAAAAGAAGGCAAAAGAACAACAAAAAGAAAAAGAUGGAGGGAAAGAGAAAACUAAACGGCUUGGCAAGAGGGAGAGCCUCCCUAGUGCCAAGGCAGCUGAGAAAGAAAAGAAAGGAAAAAAGACAGAAGGAGGCCCUCAAGCACCAGGCACUGUUAAAAAGAAAACCGAAUUGAAGCGACGGGGGAAAGUGGAAGAGGAAGUCAAAUACAUUGAUGAUGAACCAGAAGAUGGUGCCCAUCAUUACUUUAUAAUUUUGGAUUUCCACAACCUUCAGUUGUUGCUUGUGAUGUUUGAGCUUGGAGUUAACAUUUCGAGUGUAAUUAGAAUUUCUUCUGAGAAUUAUGAGCCGUUGCAGACAUGCUUGGGAGCAACUAAACUUAAAGAAGAAUCUUCACAGUCAACUGAAGUUAUAGAAGCGGAGAAAAGAAAGAACAGUGAAGCUAUCAAAGAUCUGGAAACAUUUUGGAAAUACCUGGAACCAGUUCUGAACAGUGGAAAGCCUGGAUCAAGUCUCUUUGAUGUUGCCAGACUUCAUCACAUAGUUAAGGAGAGUGCCUUUCCCCCUGAUUGGUCUGACAGGGAAAUGCUGCUUGCAUUUGGCACUCUGGUGUUUGAAAGCAUUGCUUGUUUAAUGUAUGACUGCCUGGACUGGAGAAGACAGCAUCGUAACUACUUGGAAAACACCAAGUUUACUAAUGUGCCUGCAUUAUCAGAGAGCAAAUUGACACAACCACGUGAAUUUGAGGUACGAUCACCAUCACAGUUUACAACUUCAAAGAAAAAAGGGCAAGCGGGAGAAAUUCUUCCAACACCAACUUUGUCACAGGCUUCUUUUUUGGAUACUUCUGUGGACAUGAGGUAUUACAAUGACUUACUGAGUCUGAUUCCUGAGGAAUACUUUUCUGUACCCUUAAUGCUGAACUGCAUGUUGGAACAGGUUAUCGCAAGUGAAGAGGGCCUUACGCCACCUAGUCUGGUAGUACCAGAGCCUCGGGCAGAUGGGCUACAUCAUACCAUUGCAGAACACAUAGCUUCUGUUCUUCCUUCUCUUUCACUUUCUAAAAGUGAAAAAAAGAAUCUAUAUGACUACUUUUCACCUAACUACAGUGAAGAAAAGCCUGUCACCCCAGAGUACCCUCUCUUAUUUAACUGCCAUGAUACCCUGGCUCAGCGGUUGCAUCUGCUGAAGGUCCAGGAGAACUUAAAUCCAGAAAAGAUUGAGCGGGAAAUGAUGGAUAAACUUCCUCUUAUAGAACUUAUCCAGUUAAACCUUCCUUCAACUGAAAACAACCCUAAACGCAUGGCCAGUCUUCACAAGCUCAUGCAUUACUGUACCAGUGAACUUCUGAGUCGGGCUGAAGUAGAAAGGGCCUUCAGAGUGCUUACUUUUGAAAGCCUGAGGCUGACUGGGCCAAGUGACUCUGGUCUCCUGGAGAGCUCUGGAUCUAUGAUUGGAGGACAUACAGAAAUGAAUGGCAAAGAUGGAAGAGAUAGUCUGGCUGAUCCUAUUUUGAAGAAAGAAUCGGAUUUUCCUCCUUUAGCUAUGGCAAGUGUGAGUCUGGAAAAUUACAGCUUAAAACCAAACUUAGAAGAGAUCAAAAAGACACAGAGGCGUUGUUUGACAGACUGGAGUUUUGAUGAGCAUUUUCAACCACAUAUUCUUCUUCAGGUUCUUCAUACUGCAUCCCAAGAAUAUAGAUGUAUUGAUUCCUUUUAUUAUACCCAAGAUAAUUCUUUGUUAAUGGUUCUUCACAAUCCCAUGAAUCAAUAUCGUUUGUGCCAAGAGACUUGGGAUAUUGCAUUGCAUUCUAAUGUUGGAUUCAGGAACUAUCUCGAGCUGGUGGUCAACUCAGUUGAAGAAUGGGUGAAAGAGGAAGAAGUCAAAUACCAAGAAGAGAAGAUGGCUAAGAAAACAGAGUCUCCUAAACCCAUGGCAGAAGGACCUCCUGAAUUGACAGUCAAAAAACCUGGCUUCCUUAUGAAAGCUGAAAGCAACGCAUCAAUACUUGAGGGUAUAAUGAGGACCAUUCCAGAAUUUCAGUCCAACAAUGAAAGAAGUCCUUUUAUCAGAGAAGAUUCUCUAAAGGCUUGGAAACAGGAGCAGGAGCAAUUACGAGAGCAAGAACAACUUACGGAUGAAAAGAAAAGAAGAAAAGAAACUCUGGGAGGUAAAAAGAAAGGGCAGGAGAUAAUACAUGAAGAAAGUAAAGGUUCCAACAAGAAGUUUUUGCAAGAGAAGUUUAAAGAAGAGUCAGCAAAGGCUAAGGAGGAUCCCAGCAUCCCAGAACCACAUUCUGAGAAAGUUUAUAAGUUUCUUGGCUACAAUAUGGGGGAAGAUGUCAUUCAAGUAUCAGGGACCACUCAGUAUCUUUUCCCAUCUGAUGGAGGACAGAUUCAAGUAGAGAAGAUAGAGUUUGUAAAAGGUCUAACCUUGGUAAAGGUGAGAGUGAUGAAAGACAACCACAGUUUCUUCAUUCAUAUCACAGAUCCCAAGAAAGACUUAAAAGAAAUCGAAAUGCAAGAAAUUAAUGAAGAACAGAAAAUGAGAUCAGGAAAAUUGAAAAAUCAGAAGCAAGCUGUGAGCAAGUUUGGAUCUUUUUCAGCCACCUUGGAAAAUGGAAUCCAGCUGUCCCUGAGCUAUUACGGACCUACAGGGAAGACAGCAGAUGAUGAAAUGGAUCCUGUCUUAGCAAGAAUUCUGAACAUCCCUUCUAUUCAUAUUCCAACCAUAGUUUCUCCUGUUACUUCACCUUCAGGAAAAAAAGAUAAGCCCAUCAAACAAAAAUCAGGAAAAUCUCAGCCAUCUGCAAAAGCAAAUAGCAAAACAGGCCCUCCACCUCCUGGGGACCUGGUGAAGCAUGAAGAAGAAAAGACAGAAGUGGAAGAAUCUGUUUCUCCAGCACAAGCGACGUCCGAUGCUCCUGCUUUCUCAGGUUUGAACGUCUCCUGUCCCAAUGGACUAGUAGUAACUUUCCUUGGUGAAAGUUCUGGAGGUGAAGCCACUGCAGCUGGAGUUGACAAAGAGGUGGUAAAGGAAAGGGGGGCCAAAGCAAAUGAAGACAAGGAAGAGGAGGCUGAGGCAAACAAAGCAAAGGAGAGAGAGGUUAUGAAUACUGGAGAGGAGGAGGAACAUGAAGUUACAAAGGGUGAAAUAAAGCAUGAAGACACUGAAAGAGAACAGGACAAGGAGACCACUUGGGAAAUUCUGGUUAGGCAGAGUUAUCCCCAAAAAGUAAAGAACUCUCAUCUAUAUACAUCUGUGGCAAGGCAAGCAGAACAAGAGGUGUCAAGAGUCAUCACCAGUCAAGGAACUGUCAUAAAGUACCUGAUGGAUGGAUCUACCCAGAUUCUGUUUGCUGAUGGCACAGCGAGUAGGAGUCCUGAUUCUGGCCCUGUCCUCCCAGCACCUGCUGUUCCAGAUGUCAUGCAACUGUUACCAGAAUCUGAUCUUUUACCUGAGACCAGCACUAAGAAAGCAGGGAAAGCCAAUGACAAAACCAACAAAUUACACCCAGCCAAGGAUGAGUUGUUUGAAAAUACUAUACAGGAUGUGGUUAAUUCUGAGCAAGGUGAGGUGAAACAGGCAGGAACCUGGAUAACAACAACUCCAUCAGGCAUUCAAGUGGGCACUGAGGAAGGAAAAAGAAUGGAUCUGAAACCACUCUUAAUCUAUCAGGCAACUGACCCAGCUGAUGGAACGGUUAUGACUGUACGAGAUGAUGAAGUGAUAAUUGUUGAGAAGCUCGAUGGAAGCAGAGUAGUAGAUCAUGCUGACGGCACUAGGAUCAUGACAUCAUAUAAAAACUGUGAAGAACUUUUUGAACCCAAGCAUAGUGAGGAAACAGAUAAACCCUCAGGAGCCACCAUGAAGAAGGUGAAAUAUAUGCAAGUAGAGAAUCCCGAGUUCGCUACUGUUAUAAUAAACUGUGAGGAUGGUACCUGUUGUACCAUCUUUGGAGAUGGGACACGUCUUAUUGCAAAGCCACAGGGAACAUAUCAGGUUUUACCCACGAAGACAGGAUCCCUUUUCAUUGAUGAAGAUUGCUCAGCAGUUUAUACCCAUGAAGUUGUCAAUUUCAUCAGCAAGGAAGAAGAAAAACAGCCAGGGAGAUACACUAUGAAACACACUUCCAGCACUGUUUGUGAAAUGAUGGAUACUGAAGGAAAUAUUUUCAAGGUCAUGGCUGAUGGCAGCACAAAUGUGUGUGUUCCUAGCAUUGACUCCAAUGACAAGGAGGACAGAACUUCAGCAGCAGCACUCCAAGAAGUUAACAAACCCAUCAUUUAUGAUGAGCAUGUCCCCAGGUUCUUCAUCAUCAAAGCAGAUGGUUCUGGAACUGAGAUCCUACGGAACAGGGAUGUACAAGAGUAUCUGGCCAAGGUCUAUAGUGAUCCUGCUGCUGCUGUCUUGCAGGAUCCUGUAGAAGAGCUUCCAGGUGUUUUAUGUAUUACCGUCCUCCGCCCUUUGGCUGAAGCUUCCCCCUGGGAAAUGAAGAAAGAACCAGAGAGUAUUGUUCCUCCAAAUCUUCAGCCAAGGACCCGAGAGGACACAUAUUCUCCUCCUGAGAGGAAGAUCACAGAUCCCUCAGCCAGAACAUGUCUUUGGAGGGGUCUCUGCGUUGAAUCCAAAGAGCAGACACACUUGUCAGUACCUGUGCGAAAAUGUCCUCAUAAACUGCAAAUCCGUCAGCUGUUCCAGUAUAAGCCACUCAAUGAUGAACUAAGAGAAAAGCUGCAGCUUUCCCUCAAGGAAUAUACAGACAACAUUUUAAAGCAGGAAAAAGAGCUAGAAGAAAUGAACGUAAAAGAACCACGAACUGAAGAGGAAAAGGAGAAUGCCACAAGUCUCCUUGAACUGGUUACAUCCUUUCCUAACUGGGAGAAGUCAAUUGAAAAUCUCAGUGAUAGAGCUCACAUAACUGAGCUGUAUGAACAGGCAGUGGCUUCUCCUCGACAGAAUCACACAGCGAAGACAAUCACCACGCAAGGAGAGGACCAGCAGCAGAGGUGCAGCCUGAAAGGACUAAGACCAGUGUCCAAGUGGCAGAGGAGAAAAGAAGAGCACAGGAAAGAACUUGAGGAAGAAAAGAAGUCCUUGAUGGCAAUAAGAUACAAAAUAAUUCCUCCGUAUUUUGAAUCAGAAUUUAGCAAGGAGUUUUUCCUAGCAAAGUUUCCUGAUGUGGAAGCACUGUCUAGGAAACUUCCUCCGGUUCAAAAACAGGAAAAUGGCAAUUUCCCUGUGGAGACAGUUGAGAAACCCAGUACAGCUGAAUGUCUCAGUACCAUGAGUGAUCGCUCAUCUUCGCCUGACCACCUGCUGCAGGCUCAUUCCAAAGAAAAUAAAGGUUCCAGCAGCACAACAGGCCUAAACCAGGCUGCAAGAUGGCAAGAGACACCUUUACAACAUAAAGUUCAGAGUCUGCUGGUGGAUGUUGCAGGACAGCCAAGAACAGAGAAAGUUAAAUUACCGUUAUCCCUUCAGGGGAGAAAACCAAACUCCAUACCAAAUAAAAAGAUAGAAGAUCCUGUCGCGGGAAAGGUCAACACGUCUUCUCUUGCAACAGCAGGACAGCAGCUUAGUGGUUUCCACCUCAUUCCACCCAGCGUGACAUUUGGGGUACUAAAGGAAGGCUGCACCUAUGCCGCCACAGCGAUCCUGAAGAACGUUGGUGUGAACUUCUCAAGGUUUCGGGUGAAGCAGCCACCUCCACACACGGGACUGAGAGUGAUGUACACACCAGGACCUGUGGCUGCAGGCUUGCAGGUUGAACUGGAGAUUGAGAUUUUUGCCAUGGUAACUGGAGGGGAAGAUACUGGUGGCCUUGAAGAAAUUGCCCACGAUAUUGAAAUACUAACAGAAACAGAGACUCUUCUUCUGCCCGUGAGAGCAACUGUGCUGACCAGUGACACUUACGAGUGUCGCCCACAAGGAUACCCCCAGGGUGGGAUGGCAGCAAAAGUCCGGGCACUGCCUGCAAGCCCCAAGCCACAGCUUCGGAUUACACUACCCUGGAAGCUUUCUAGUUAACAGAAGUACUGGAUGCAGCGGUACCAGUCACAAAUAAAAUUACAGCUGUUUUA